AUGAUUCCUGAAUAUAAUCUCUUCUUGCACGGAGGUAAUACGAAACGCAUUUCCAUGGCAGAGGCACCAGGAAAAUGGAGCCAGCUACGAGUUUAUGGAGACUGCACGGGCUGUAAGGCAACGUCGACAACAUACUCCCAGUUGCGUCGAGAAGCCCACAAAAUUGCCACGUACUUGCUCCGGGUUGCAGGCUGCCAAGCAGGAGAUAGGAUCCUAUUGUGCUACCCUCCCUCUGCCUGCUUUGUGCCCGCCUUCAUUGGAUGCCAGAUAGCGGGGCUUACGCCAGUGCCAAUUUACCCACCUGGUACUAAUGGCAGAGAAUCCAAUAGCGCUGGUCGGAUAGCGGCGUUGAUAAAAAAGGCUGAACCUUCGGUCGUGCUGAGUUCAUCUCCCCUCAGGCGUUUUCUGGAGGAUGUUCUCCCGGAUUCAGUCACAGCGUUGGGGACCAUCCGCUGGGUGUACAGUGACGAACUGCCUGACACUCUUGUCGAUCAUCAAGGAUGCGUGCUGGACGCGUUCGACAUCAGUCCUGAAAUGCCUGCGUUCAUCCAGUUCACGUCUGGAAGCACUGGGAACCCCAAAGGCUGCGUGGUAGCCCACCGCGCGCUCUUGCACAACAUCCAUGUAAACUGGAGGAUGUGUGGAGCUGUUCAUCCGGUUACUGAAGAGACUUUGUACGAUAUGCCAGUCGAACUGUACGGACAAUUCACAGAACGAUACCAGCAGUUCGUGGUAGCCACGUGGGGCCACCGCCUCCGCGCAUUUUCGUGGUUGCCAGUAACCCAUGAUAUGGGGCUCGUCGGGAUGCUCUGCGUCCCGCUGUACUUCGGAUGCACUGUCUUUCUGAUGUCGCCCGUCGACUUCGUAAGAUCGCCAGAACUCUGGCUCAGCGGCAUGUGCAAGUUCGGCUGCUCCUUUACGGCAGCUCCGGACUUCGCUUACAGGUUGGUGACCCGGAAAAUAACCGGAAGUAUCGCGUCCAAGCUAAACUUCGAGAAAGUGCUGGCAUGCAUCAAUGGCGCGGAACCCAUCCGACCUGCAACCGUUCAAGCGUUUUUGCAGAAGUUUUCACCGGCGGGAUUCCGGCCGUGGAUGAUGUGUCCUGCUUAUGGACUUGCCGAAAACACCGUAGGUGUUACAGGUCGCGGGCACGAAGGACUGAAGCCCAGAAGCCCACGGAUCAUAUACGUCAAUACAAAAAAACUGGCGACGGGGGACAAAGUAGAACUCCUCCACCCUGAAACCCAAGAGAAUGAUGAAAUGAACGUGAAGGCCCUUGUGGGGUGCGGCGUGCCUCACAAAGAUGUCGUUGUGAAGAUCAUAAACCCAGACUCAUUGCAAGAGCUGCCGGAGUGGCAAAUAGGCGAAAUAUGGGUCAGCUCUCCCAGCGCGGCUACAGGAUAUUUUGGCUGCCCGGAGGAGACAGAAGCAACCUUCAGAUGCCUUCCUGUCACGCCUGAUGGAGCCGCCGCAGGUGGAAGCUCCUUCUUGCGGACCGGCGACCUCGGUUUCAUUGGCAGUGAUGAGCUCUUCAUUACGGGGCGGCUCAAGGAUAUCGUGAUCAUUCGUGGGCGCAACUACUACCCGCAAGAUAUCGAGGAGGUCGUGGAAGAGUGCCUCGCCGUAUGCAAAGGCGGAGUUAUGGCCUUUCCUGUCCCAACUCGCGACGGCGCCGAAAGCUUGGGUGUGGCCGCGGAAGUGAAGAACGGACCCGAGACGGCUACCAAAUUAAACGACAUCCGUCUCGACAUUAUUCGGGCAGUGAACCAGAACUUGCACCUCUCGCUGGGACGUCUGUGGAUUCUCAAGGCGGGCUCUCUGAAGAAAACGACAAGCGGCAAACCGCGUCGUUCAGAAAUGAGAAGAGAGCUUUGUUCUCAAGACAUAUGUCCAGGCGUCCUUCUGUCGCAUGCGAGUGACUUCCACGAGGCUGGCUGCCUCACUUUUCCGACUGCGGACGACUGCGGCGCAAACCGACAUCUUGGGGCAGGGCACGCAGAGGCACGUCGCGUCAUCCAGCCUUCCCCCGGUGCCUCUGACAUGACGGAGGGUGAUACGCAAACCAGGGAUGUAGCCAGGAACAGAAAAAAUGAUUUGCACUCGGUAAAAGGAGACACCAGUGGAGCACUCGAAGGUGCUGAAGGGGCGGGCACUGCUCGGCAUGCACUGGAGUCUCCAAUACCAGUUCCAUCGAGUGCCUCAAACCCUCCUUCAGGGUUGCUUCCUCAAGAAGAGGGUGAAGAGGAGCUCCGCUUGAUAGCCGAAUGUCUCGCACGUGUGACUGGGCUUGAAGCCUCACAGUUUCGUGAAGAUACGCCCUUCUUCUCGCUCGGACUUGAUUCUUUGACAGCAGCGGAGCUGGCCGAAGAACUCCAACAGAGAACGCAGGAGCCUGUGGAGCCUUUCGAGCUCUUCGAAUUCGCAGACCUCCGUAGCCUUGCCGCCCACCUACAGCGCAGAAGGGCCGAACGAGGGGGAAAAAACGUAGUAGCAAACUACCGUGUCCCCGAACGCACAUUAGGGAUGUCACACAAGCAGGCGUCUUGCGUGGUUGUCACGGGCGUGGCGUGUGCCCUUCCGGGUUCCUGCCAGACCCCUGAUGAGCUUUGGGCGAAGCUGGAGGCUGGCGUGGAUUGUAUCGGGCCAGUGCCAGAAAAUAGGGACAUCGACGUCUUCGAGAACGCCACUCACAACCAGGAAUUUCACGCGACGAGCUCCCCGAGCUGCAAACUCGAAGGGGGGUUUCUGCUCGGAGUGGAAUGCUUCGAUAACGCCUUCUUUGGCAUUUCUGAUGUGGAGGCGAAAGCCAUGGACCCGCAGCAGCGAUUGCUGCUUAUGAAAUCCGUGGAUGCGCUCCGCAUGGCUGGCAUCCAGCCGCGAGGCGCCUUGUCUGCCCCAAUCGCGACUUUUGUUGGCUGUUGCUCUUCAGAUUGGCAGCGGAUGAACGUGGGUAACCCAAUCGAAGGCCUGGCAGCCACAAGUUCCUCAGCGAGCAUGCUGGCAAAUCGCGUCGCGUAUACCCUCGGAUUUACCGGUGCGUCGGUGACAGUGGAUACCGCUUGCUCGUCUUCGCUAACGGCUUUGCACUGCGCACUACGAGAACUGCAGCACCCGGAGGCGUCAUGCCGCAUUGCAGUGGUGGCUGGCGUGAAUCUGUUGUUGUCCUCUGAUGUGACGGUCGUCUUCGCCCGCGCCGGCUUUCUAUCUCCAACCCACCGGUGUCGCACGUUUGACGAUGCCGCGGAUGGCUUUGUUCGAAGCGAGGGAGUCGUCGUCUUCGUGCUACAGAGCAAGGCUGCCAACUGCACUGCGGUGGGACCUGUGGCUGGCUCUGACGACAAAAAUGUCGAGGCCGAACAGUGGAGGGCGCCGCACUGUGGAGCGAAUGCGCCGUCGCCAGCUUCCGACGCCCAUGGGCACGAACAUGCUGAAGCCGCACCGUCGGCUGGCCUCCAUCUGUGCCGCAUAGUGGCUUCUGCAGUUGUGCACGGAGGGAGGACAAGCAGCGUAACGGCCCCGUCGGCACUCUCGCAGGCGGUUCUCUACCGGCAAGUCUUGGGGCGGGGCAGGGUGGCCCCGUGGGACGUCCAGUAUGUUGAGACUCACGGCACCGGGACACGACUGGGAGACCCCAUCGAGGCCCAAGCGGUUUGUGAUGUUUUUGCGUCUGACGCAAAGAAACGGGAGAACGGCCUCGUGCUGGGUGCUCUGAAGACCAACGUUGGGCAUUUGGAAGGAGCCUCCGGUUUGGCAGGGCUGUUGAAAGCCGUGCUCUGCCUGAAUCGACACCGAGUUCCGCCGAACUUGCACCUUAAGAAACUGAACCGCUAUAUUGACUUCAGAGGUGUACCGGUCAUUCUGCCCACAAAGGCAAUUUCGCUAGCAGCGGACGAAGCCGUCGCGCUCGUUACCUCCUUGGGAUUCGGUGGAACAUACGCACAAGUGGCCAUCAAGGGGAUGCGGGCCCCGGUCACUGCCCCGUUAUGUGCAAGACAACAGUUGCCGCAGUGGAACACCAAAUGCUUUUCUGUCAGUCGAGAGGCAUUGAACAACCGCGCCUCGGCUUCCGAAGGCCGUGACGAUGGCAGGGAAGGACCGUAUCUCUGGGAAGUCGCUUGGGAAUCCGUGCUGGAUCUCGACAGGCUGCCGCGAAAGUGUUCCGCAGCGUUCGGUGAGAGGUCGCCUCCCGCGAAGUGGCUUGUCCUCACGUUGAGUAAGAAAGGAAGCAUGGGCGAUCGCUUCCCUGACUUGUUUCUACCUGGGGUCCGUAUUACAUUUGCUUGCCUAGACGCGCAGUGCACGCCGCAACAGUUGGACACUGUCCUGAAAACCGAGGCUUGGGCUGCGGUCGUUGCCGCGUAUAACACCGAGGAUGGACUUAUGGGUGACGCGAUUGAUGACAUUGCGAGGACAGUUCCCCUCCUCCGAGCGUACGGACGAAUGGCCAGCGACUCCGCUGCCUUACCGUGGAUGGUUUUUCUGACACGUGGGUGCUUCCACGUUGGGGCAGUUGGCACCACCUGGAAACUCCCACCAAACAACGCCGGCAUAGUUGGAUUUGCACGUGCCUGUCGGCUGGAGCUGGAAAGCCUGUCAGGCCUGACUGUGCCUCUCUACUUCAUAGACGUGGAGCCGGACCGCCCUCCUUCGGAGACACUUAUCGCGCUGUCGGCUCUGCUCGGCGUCAUCGAGAGUGGCCACGUCGAUGAAGCCGAGUUUUCUAUCCGUGGAACAACCGUGUAUGCGCCUCGCCUCCUUCCGCUUCAAGUGGGGUUCGAAGAAAACCGGACCGCGGGUCAUUCGGAUCUCAACCUGUACAGAGAACCCAGAGACGGGUCCAGCGCCACGAUUCCAUGCAUUCCCGUUCUCCACUCAACCCGCAAGACGUGUCGCGUGCGCCUUCUAGCCGUCUGCCUUGAUGCAGUAUACUCUGAGAAAGGGCAGUCAAACUUGAAUAUCGAGGCACCGUUCUGCGGCUGCAGUGGGAUUCUGUUAGAGGCUGAUGCAGAGAACGAGCACCUCACAGUUGGAGGUCUCGUUUGCGGACUUGCGCCUCGGCCACAGAGCGGCAUCGUUGAGGUCCCUGGCGCCCUUCUUCAGCACCUGCCACCCUUGUUUUCGUUCGAAGCCGCAGCGGCCGUCCCUCCGCAGCUGGCUGUGUUGCUCUGGGCGCUGGAGACGGCUCCGCCUCUAGCGACGCCGCCAGCAGAGUCAGUGUCGAGAGUAUUGAUCGUUGGGGCAGGCUGUGGAAUUGGGCUGACUGCAGCCACCCACCUCCGGUCCCUUGGCGUGGAAGCGUUUGCAGUUGUCACUACAGAAGAGCAAGCCCAAGCACUCCAGGACAAUGACUUCCCAGAAUCAGCGAUCUCGCUCUGCAACCAGCCGGACUUCAGCGACGUGCUGCAGCAGGUCGGGCAUUUCAGUGUCGAUAUGCUCGUCUGGGGGACGAAGGAUUUCUCGUCUUGCAGCCAUAUGCUGUUGCUGCUCAAACAAGGUGGCUCCUUCUUGGACCUGCUUGCUUCUUGUCCGCAGUCCAAGCUCGAAGGACGACAGGACGUCAGCUAUGUGCGAUGUUCGGUGGCUAGUGCUGGGCGGCCCUACCAUGUGAAGGUUUUUAGCAGGAGUUUGAUGCGGGCUUGCGCCCUUCUCGAACAAACCUCACCGGCGCAAAGGCAACCAAUCAUGCAUGUAUUCGUCGAGCGCCCGUUCAAUCUGGGCCAGCACAUAGCGCCGCCACCCGCUCCAAUGACGACGGUUGAGGCCUUCUCGGGCUCGGGCCCUAUGCCGGGCGAGACAGCAGAAGAGCCAUCCAAGAACGGCGUCACUGCCGGAGAGUUUGCAGCCAAAUGCCAACACGCAGGUCACGUCGUCUGCGCUCUGCAAAGCCCCAUUUUCUCAACCCGAUCACCAACAGGGACAGAUCAAGAGGCGGAAGCGCUGCUACGAACGCCUGAGGCGACGCUCGAACCUCCAGCGGCAGCUGACGUCCGGUCAGGGGCAUUUGUGGUAUUCGAUUUCGGCCUGAGCCAUCUGGGAAAACUGCUCACCCGCUGGCUUUCAGACGAGGGUGCUGAGCACGUUAUCCUAGUUCACGGUUGCGAGGAAGACGGCGAUGCGGAUCCGCAGCCGGCUUUCUUCCAAGCGAAAUCUCUGGACAACGGGCACGGACGAGCAACAGUGAUACGGGAAAUAAAUUGUCGCGCAAACCUCCCUGGAGAUAUUGAGGAGUUACUGGGCACGCUGAAGAAAGACGGGCGCAUUCCUCGUGUGCGUGGCAUUUUCUACAACGUUGGUGAGAGACUUGAUGGCCUCCUAGUCAACCAAACAACUGACUCGGUGAGCGGCGCGCUGCAGACGGCUGCAGGAGCAUGGGCAGUCCAUACUGCUUUGAAUCGAUUUGAAAUGGAGGCGGGGCUGGACAUGUUUGUGCUUUUCUCUAGCAUAUCCUCUCUUUUCGGGAGCAUUAGUCAGUCAGUGUCAUCUGCGGUGAACGCCUCUCUGGAUGCACUCGCGUGCUACAGGAGGAAUCAAGGCCUUGCCGCCUUGAGCAUUCAGUGGGCGCCCUGGACAGAUGGAUCAUGCGAGACAUCUGCGCGGAUUGUCCGCCGAUGGCUAGAAAAAGGAGGUAUUUCUAGCGUACGCAACCCUCUGGAGGCCCUAGGUACUAUUCUCGAGAACCAGUCCGACCUUGGCCCUGUUGUCGCCUGCUUCCUUGCCGACGUGACUAUCAUGCGCAAGCUUAGUCAAGCCCAGACGCCCUUUAGCACUUCCGCAAUGUCAGAGUCGAGCCUGAGAGCCGCUGCUGUCAGCAGUAGCAACAUCAGAAGCAGCCCGGUCAAGGGGCGUCAUCUUCGCAUGCGCCGCUUAGAAAGCGGAGGUGAUGCGACCAAGGCGGUUGAGCUUACAACCAUUCUGAGAGACUUAGUGAGGAAGGAGGUUUCGGAAAUUGUUUCAUGCCACAUUUUCUCGAGGGGCAGCAGAAUACCUACUGAUCAGGCGUUGCUCACACUGGGGCUUGAUUCCCUUGCGGCAGUGGAGCUAAGACACGCACUGCAGCAGCGAUUUCAUGUCACUCUGGAGCCAUCGUUUCUUGAGGCGCAUGCAACCGUUGACACCAUCGCGGCCUUCCUUGUCAAUCAAGUCGCCGGCUGCCGAGGUGCCACUUGUCCCUCCGCGCAGCUUCCCUCCGCCUGCCGCAGGCCUGUGGCUGAUGACUGUGCGAUCGUUAGCGUGUCGUUGCGAUUGCCUGAUCGCUGUGACUCGUUGAACGCGUUCUGGGCAUCUCUGCAACGCGCUGCGGACUGCCCCAACAAGGCGGGAGUGAUGGGUGCUGCUGAAGGCUUGGAUCAGUGUCUGUGUAGACCCACGCUGCAUGCACAGGGACAGCCCGCUGACCAGCUAGGGAGUGGAAGAGGCCCGUUUUUCCUCACCAAUCGUGACGAGUUUGAUAACCAGUUCUUUGGGAUGUCUUUCUUGGAUGCGCUGGCCACCGAUCGCAGCCAUCGCCUCCUUUUGGAGACAGCAUAUGAAGCGCUGUGUGGCCUGAACACGGAAGAGCAAAAAGGCACUCGCGGUACGCCGAUCGCGGUGUACGCUAGCUCGUCUCCGUUGUCGCGACGACAUUCGUCGUCUCGGGGUACGCAGGGGGUGUCUGUGAAACAUCUGCAAAAAAUUGCUAUUACGCCGGUUGCAAGUUUCAUCUCGUACCAACUGAAUUUAACUGGCGGCGCUGUACCAGUCGCCGCCACUGAGAGCGCAUCGCUGGUUGCCCUCUCUCUCGCAUUGGAGCAUCUCAGGGGCCAGAAGUCGUGCCAGGCGGCCCUGGUCGCGGCAGGGUCUAUGAUCCCGGACUGUCCCGUGUGUCCCCGCUCUAGCAGCCUCGAUGUUCAAGAGGCUCUCCUUCACCAAAGCUGCGCGGAUGCCACGUUCAACCCCAAUCCUUGGGAAAUCCCCCAGAGUGAGGCGAUAGUGUGUGUAGUAGUCCAGCUUCUGUCCACAGCUAAUCACAGUAACAAUAAACCGAUGGCCAUCCUAAAAGGCGUCUCGCUUCAGCAGGCAUGUCGUGGAGGAGUGCUGAACGCCUCGCGCUGGACUAAGUUCGAUGAGCUACAGCUCCGUAAACAAGCGUUGUCCGAGGCUCUCCAGGUAGGCAAAGUCGAUCCGCGGACCGUUGCGCUUCUGGAGACCGACGGAGUGACAGGAACUCGUCCGGAUGAUGUGCUGAUGAUCGAUGCGAUAAAUGAUAUCUUUGGACGUCUCAGCGCCACCGCUGCAUGCCCUCCACUUGUAAUGGGAAACAUCGGACUGCGCGUGGGACGAAUGGUGGAAGCCUCUGCCCUCGCCAGCUUAGCUAAAAUAGUACUGGCUCUCGAGCGCAGAUGCGCUCCUCCUCUACAUCGUCUCCACAGCCUGCAUCCCAACGUUAGAAGAGCAGCCACGAUCUCUGGAUCUGUCAUUUUUCCUUGCAAGCCUAUCGUACUCCCGCUUUCUCGACAGUCUCCAGAAACGAUGCCCAGGGCACGUGGUGAAAGUAAGGAGGAUGGAAGCACACCUUUGGUUGGCAUUAUCAGCUCCUUCGGUACGGACGGGGUAGCCGGGUGCGUGGUGGUGGAGUCGACUACCCAGGCACGCGUGGCGGAGCCCUGCAAGCCCUUCAUUCACGGAGCUGGUAGGGCGUUGAUGUCAGUGAAGGCCACCGCUAUGAGCUGGCGUCCCGCGUCUGUCCAGGUGGCACCAGAGCAUACAUUCGAGCCGCCAGCGGUACGAUCAGACCGCCAGGUCUGGCUCUUCUGCGACGACGCGUGGGGUCUGCGAAAACUUGAUCGCAGCCUGUACGCAACUGACAUCGUGUUCACCGCUCUUUGCGAGCAUGUGGAACGUGUUCUGGAAAGUCGUCUGCCUGGGCCUUUGACCCAGCUGCUCUUCCCGCGUACGGCCUCAGACCAUCAAAUGGCCGAAGACGCUCUUGCAGUCCCUUACGUGGAGGCUUUGUUGUUGCUUAGCUUUCAAUGGAUCCUCGCUCGGUACCUGUGGCAGCGCGAGGGGAAGCCCGUGGCAGUUAUGGGGCUUGGCCUUGGUGAGGUCACAGCCGCCGCCGUAGCGGGCCUCAUCUCUUUUGCAGAUGCAGUUGAGCUCGCAGAGGCGCUCACCGUGGUGUCAGACCGGGGACGCGGCGGCUAUCGCGCCCGAGGGGCUGGAGCCCAGCAACACGGGAGCCAACGGGAAGCCAGCAGUGUUAUGAGAUGUGCGUCUGGUGAGUAUGAAGCGCUGGAGUCCACACGGGUGCGUACGAGCUUCGGGGAGUUGCACACGGCUGAGACUCAGACUCCCACGUCCGCAUCGCGCGGAUAUCAUCGCGAAGCAUUGUUAGCGGCGGGCAUGGAAGCGUCCGAGGCAAAAACAGAAGAAACCCUCCAGCCCCCCUUCAGCCGGUCAAGGUGGGCCGUUUGCCCGAGCCCCACCCUGCACCACGCGUGGGAGCGGCCUCCUGAAGAUGUCCUCGAAGAAGCAACGCCAUCCCGCCCCUGGGAACCGCAACCCAUAGUGAGCGCACAACUGCGGCAGAUCGCUGCUCGCAUCACCUUGGACCAUGCAGAGAGCCUGUAUAUCUCCACAGUUACAGGAGGAGUAGCAACGGAUUGUCUAGUAGGAAGAGCUGAGUACUGGGAUCCCCUCAUUCCAAAAAAGCAAAGAGUUGGCCGUGCGCUCGAGACGGCCGAGCGGAGGGUGCGAGCUACAAAAUUGGUCUGCAUAGGCUGCUCUCCGCAGGACAGUGUCCACUUUCUGACAGGGUUGCCAUCUUUCCCAAUCGCCAGUCCUUCGUCGCUCAGCCUCUACAGUUUCACUGGAGGUAGCUCCGCCCCACAGCUCCUUGUUGCGUGUGAGUCCUCAAGCGGUGCCUCGUCUCACGCUGCAUUAUUUGAGCACGAAUCUGGACGAGGAGGAGCGCCCUGGUGGAGACGUCUGUCGUUCUGUAUUUCUCCGUUCGAAGCGGCGACUAACCGCUGCGCUAUGGAGACCGUCAUAGCUGGCGAGGGAGGGCAAGCGUGCGCCACGGGCCUUUCGGUGAGCGGCCCAGAUGUGGCAUUCCUGCAGGAGACUGGUCCUGCCACAGACAUGCGAAGCUCAGCCGCGCCUGAAGAUGCGCCUUUCGGCGGCGAGGCAACUGAGCCUGCUGCUACGUCGUACAGGUCUCAUGCACUCGGACAAGAAGGGAAAAUGACCGACACUGCGGCUCAGCAUGCCAAGAACACAUGCGCAUCGUGCGUGUAUUGGCGGCAUCUGGAGAAAGCUGUAUUAUCGUUUAUCAUGUCAGGUAUCCAGGAGGACGAAGAUUGGCCGUCUCGCAGCCCUUGGCUGAUGUUCUCUGAUAUCGCUGCACCGCCACCGCCGCCGUCCGCCGGCAUCACUAGCCGAGGAGACAUAGAAAAAACCGUACGAGAGCCGGAAGAUACUGUGCACAUAGCAACCAUCCACACAGACGAGGUUGCACCGCCCAAUCAUUCUAUCAAAGUCAUCAGCAGCCAGGAAGGGCAGCGGCGUUCGCACGAGCUAGCGCGUUGUUGUUUCGUGAAAAACGCAACAUCACUAGACAGCUACGGACUGCACGUAACAGGCCUUUCCCGUUUCCGGUGGCUCCCCGCGUUGAAACUGCCGACAGCAUGGCUUCGCAAACGCAGCUCUUCUGUUUGGCAGUGCGCGCUCGAGGAGAGCAUGGGGGGCCGUGCGACAUGGAGAUAUAUAGUGAAAACGGGGUACCAAUAG